AAAAUUCCCGGGAAAUAUCCGGCUGAAACAUCGCGGUAUGAUGACGUAUGCGCGUGACAAGUCCGAGUAACGGAAGUUAUGGUACCCCGUAGAAUCCUAUACAAAAAGCUCUGUUUUCAUUUCAUAAUUCCACAGUAUUCUGGACAUCUUUUGCAAUUUGUUUAAUGAACAAUGAAGGCUGCAAAGAAGACAGUUGUAGGUGGGAUCGGUGUAUUAGCAGCGGACUACAGCAACACAACCAGGAGGACUUUGUUGGAGCGCUAGCCGCGCUAGCCGCCGACUUCACCUUGACUUCCUACCUCUCCGGGCCGCCAAACGCAUCGGGUGAAGUCCUUCGUCCUUCUGCCGAUCGCUGGAACGCAGGCGCCGUGUUUCAUCAUGUUGACCAUGACGGCGGCCGCCCAUCGGGACCUCCUGCAAGCGGGCCAGCUGGUGUCCAACGCGUCCGUGGUGAUUCUGUACAUCCUGGAGACGGCCUGCCUGCUGCUGUCGCUGCUCGGCGUGUACGGAGCCUUCCGGGGGAAGAGGUGGUGUUUGAUUCUGUUUGCGGCCGGGAUGGCGGCGGCCAGUCAAACCAUCAUUGUGAAAACAGCCCUCAGCUACCAGGAUAUUUAUGAGACAGGAGUGGCGAGAGAGGAGAGCAAGUUGUUGUCCAUGAUGCCGCUGAGUGCGCCCAGCAAAGUCAACAGGACCUUACUUCACAGUAUUCAAGCACAUUUUAAGUGCUGCGGGCUCAUUGAAGGCUACAAAGACUGGGGGGCCUCCAUUCCUGCAUCUUGUCAUUGUCAGUCGCCGGGUAAAUGUAUACGACUGCGAGGCAGCGCCACCUUGGGGGCUCCAAAGAACCAAUAUGUUUAUCAGGAGGCAUGCCUCCCUAUUUAUGUCUCCGCACUCAAGCGAGGAUUCUCAUUGGAAAUGGGCAUCAAAUUUGGAAGCGGCGUUUUUUGGGCUGUUUUAAUGGUGAUGAGCCUGAAGCUGAUGGUGCAGAUGAAGCGCAAACAGGAGUUCAUGGCCCUCCUGCAGUCCAACCGAUACGUCCCCGGCGCCUUCUAGUGGUCACCUCGACGUCACGCGUUGAAUUUGCACAUAAAUAAACACGUUAUGCUGUAAUGAUAACCGUAAUAACCUGGCUAGCUGCUAGUAAGCGUCAUGCUAUUUGAUAUACGUACAAAACACGCAUGUAAUCUGAGGGCCUGAUUACCUGAGCAGCUCAGGUGAGCUCCAUGCACACACCUGCAAAGUCUCUAGUGAGCAUUUGAUUUUUUUUUUUAGUGGGCUAAAAACACCACUUGAACUUGAAUUGGAGAAAACUCAUAUAAUGUAACCGACUUCUGAUGUAUGUACGUUAUGUAACGCUAUUUAAUAACCAUAACAAGACGAUUUUGAAGGCUAAAGACUGCGAAUGUAAAACGCUUUCUAUACUUUCAUGCAAUUUUUUUUGUAUUAUUUCAAAUAAUAUGUGCACUUUAUGAUGUAUAUUCUUCAUGCAUAUACACAGUUGUUUUUUUAAGUAUGUCAAAUCACAUAAUAAUGUACUAAGUAAUGUAAUAUAAAUGAUUGUAAAUAACAAAAAUA